CUGAAUCAACAAAGUUUACAAUGGUGAGACCGGGAAAUUGUGUGCUUUUAUUUGUAAUUUUAUUAAGUGUGAUACCAUGUUACUGGACAUAUGUCGUGCCCAAAGCCGAAAUUGUGGUCUUCUAUCCCAAAGGUUUUCAGGUGUCUAUACCACACGAGAAGGGCAUAACUCUGUUUGCGUUUCACGGCAAAUUAAAUGAAGAAAUGGAGGGUUUGGAGGCUGGCACAUGGGCUCAUGAUAUCCUUAAGCAUAACCAUGGACGUUGGACAUUUCGUGAUCGCAGUACCAAGUUAAAAUUGGGUGAUACUUUGUAUUACUGGACCUAUGUCAUAUACAAGGGUUUGGGCUAUCGUGAAGACGAUGGUGUCUAUGUAGUGCGACAGUAUUUUAAUGUCACCGAUAUUGCUGUUAUGGAUGGACCAACAGUGACCACAACAACUGCCAUGCCUAAUCCUAAUUGUUUGCCCACUGUAACUAGGGUAAAUGGUGCGCCAGUACGCUGUAGUGGCCAAAUUAUAUUUGAAGACAAAUUUAAAGGUCUCAGUUUGGAUUCGAGCAAAUGGACUGUGGAGAGACGUAUACCCCAGCAACCUGACUAUGAAUUCAAUAUGUAUCUUAAUGAUGUGGCAGAGGUUUUACAAGUUCACAAGGGAAAACUAAUCAUAACACCCAAACCCACUAUUCAACAUUAUCGUAAAGAAGUUUAUAAUACAUCAUUUUCAUUAGGUUCUAGUUGUACGGGUAAAGUGGAUAGUGACGAGUGUGUAUUUCAACCUAGACCUCAUAAUAAGUUAAACCCUUUAAUAACAGCACAAAUUAAAACAAAAGAUAAGUUUUCUUUUAAAUAUGGCAAAGUAGCAAUAAAAGCUAAAGUGCCCUCUGCCAUGUGGGUGUAUCCGCAAUUAUGGCUAGAGCCCUCAAAGCUGAUCUAUGGAGGCAAUCUGUAUCAUUCGGGUCAAAUGCGUGUGGCUCAUACAAUUGUCAAUGUAGACGAGAUAGUGCUGCAAGGUGGUUUGAUUUUAAAUUCCAAUGAACCCUGGCGUUCUGUGAAAAUGUGUCAACAUCAUCAAACAAAACUCCAUUUGUCGCAAGACUUUCACUUGUACGAAUUAACCUGGACACCCGAUGUAAUAGCCAUAGCUGUGGAUGGUGAAGAAUAUUGUCGCUUGGAGAUGAAAGAAGAAGCUCAAGCUUUUAAAAAUCUUGCAAUAUCAGAUGAGUUUUUGCCAAAUCGGGAGCUUUUGAAGGAAGGUUCCAAUUGGGCACCCUUCGAUCAGGAAUUCUACUUGACUGUGGGCUGUGGCAUAGGUGGUAAUAAUGACUUCAAGGACGAGAUCGAAUGGAAAGAACCAAAACCUUGGACCAACACCGAUCCACGUUCUAAGAAUAAGUUUUGGAAAGAAUAUGGCAGCAAUUUAAAUUGGCUGAAUAAUGGCCAUUUUAAAGUGGAGUUUGUUAAAGUUUAUUCAGUGUGA